AACUUUUGGGUGUUUACCUCGUGACACAGGAAGUGGUUUUCAGGCUUUUGUAUUUACUGAAGUUCAGCCACAGGCCAGAGAUAAACAACAGCACGUGUGGGUCUGUCCGAUUAAUAUGGGAAUAAAACAGAUCAAAUAAUAUAAAUAAAAAUGCUGUUUACAAGAAUCUGCAGGCUGCUUCCUACACUGCCCAGACACGCAGUCAUCCGUCGAAGCAUGGCAUCAGACCCGGCGACAGCAGAGACGACCCGGUUUGACUUUCUGGUAAUCGGCGGCGGGUCUGGAGGACUGGCCGGCGCUAGGAGGGCGUCGGAGCUCGGAGCCAAAACAGCCGUGAUCGAGAGUCACAAACUCGGAGGUACCUGCGUCAACGUUGGCUGUGUCCCCAAGAAGGUUAUGUGGAACGCUGCAACUCAUGCUGAGUAUCUCCACGAUCACAGUGAUUACGGCUUUGACGUUGAAAACGUUCAUUUCAGUUGGAAAACUCUCAAGGCCAAAAGGGAUGCUUAUGUUAGCCGCCUAAAUCACAUUUAUCGGAACAAUCUUGACAAAGCUAAAAUCCAAACUAUUGAAGGCAGUGCCAGGUUUACAAAUGAUCCGGAACCUACUGUGGAGGUGAAUGGAAGAAAGUAUACAGCUCCUCACAUCCUCAUUGCCACUGGAGGGCAACCUUCUGUUAUAGGUGAAACUGAAAUUCCAGGGGCAAGUCUGGGCAUUACCAGUGAUGGCUUUUUUGAACUUGAAACUCUUCCAAAGCGCAGUGUGGUGGUGGGUGCAGGUUAUAUUGCAGUCGAGAUGGCAGGCAUCCUUUCCACCCUGGGCUCCAAAACAUCACUCAUCAUACGACAGACAGGAGUUUUGAGAAACUUUGACAGCUUUAUAAGCACAAACUGCACCAAAGAACUGCAAAGCUCUGGUAUAGACCUGUGGAAAAAUUCUCAGGUGAAGUCUGUGCGUAAAACAGACACAGGGCUGGAGGUAACGAUCGCCACCAAAGACCCGGAGAAGAAGAACGACGAGGAGAAGAUCGGAACCAUCCAGGAAGUGGACUGCCUUCUGUGGGCCAUCGGCAGGCAUCCUAACACCUCUGGACUGAACAUUGGCGAGAUGAGGGUGGAUACAGAUGAAAGAGGCCAUAUCAUUGUGGAUGAGUUUCAGAACACCAGCCGAGCAGGGAUCUACGCUGUAGGGGACGUUUGUGGCAAAGCUCUUCUCACACCUGUUGCCAUUGCUGCAGGCAGGAAGCUGGCACACAGACUGUUUGAGGGCAAGAAGGACUCCAAGUUGGACUACUCUACUAUCCCCACAGUGGUUUUCAGCCACCCACCCAUUGGAACAGUGGGCCUCACAGAAGAGGAGGCCGUUAAAUCUCAAGGAAAGGAGAACGUGAAGAUCUACAAGACUUCUUUCACUCCGAUGUAUCAUGCCCUGACGAGCAGGAAGACUCAGUGCAUUAUGAAGCUGGUGUGUGUCGGCAAAGAGGAGAAGGUGGUGGGCCUCCACAUGCAGGGCCUGGGCUGUGAUGAGAUGCUGCAGGGCUUCUCUGUGGCCAUCACAAUGGGUGCUACCAAAGCAGACUUUGACAAGACUAUCGCCAUUCACCCCACCUCAUCUGAGGAGUUGGUCACGAUGCGUUAACACAAACACAACCGCACACCUUUAUGUUUCCCUAUAACAGAACCCAGACUAGCAUGUGAGGACAGAGUGACCCCUCUGUACUACACUCACAUCAGCUUGAUGACUUGCUUUCUAAAACUACAUAGUUACAUUCUUUCUUAUUUAAGUGACCUUAUUUGUGCACGGCAGUGUUUUCCUUUUUCUUUUUUUUUUCUUUCUUUUUUCUAAUUUCUACCUGAAUGGACCAAGACUGAGUUAUGAUUUUCUUAAACUGUACUGUGGUUCUUGAUUAUUGAUUGAAUAUCCCAGAUUCCAUUUAAUGGAAGUGAUGGAUCUGCAGGUAUUGUUGUUUAUUGCAUAGUGUGUGUUUGAUUUGUCAGUCACUUGUCAGAUGAACAUUACAAACACUGCUGCUCUUUAUGGCACUUACUUAAUACCAAAGUAAGGUCAUAAAAUAUAUAUACUGUACUGUUUUAAAGAUUCAAUAAACCUUCAGGUUUUUUCUUAA